UCCUGAGGAGCUGUCCGAGUGGGCGUGGCAGAGAUCCGAUGGUCGGCCGCACAGGGAGGUGUCUGGUGCAGGUAAAGGAUUGAUCCUCUCGGCUCUCCAUAGGGUGAUGUCACCCGAAGAUGUUAUCGAUUGUGUGUGUAUGAAGCCGGAGCGGCCCGGGGAGAUCGGAGGUGUGGAUAAGGCCCUCGUUGAAACCAUUGUAUUUACUUAUGAUGCUGAGAUGGAGGCUAUUGAUUCUUGCCCCAGAAAACCUGACACAACAGGACCUCUUUACCCUGUGGAGCCGUGGAUCGUAGAGCCAGCGCAAUGUGUGAGCUGCAAACUACGCCUAACAGGACCAGCUAUGGUGGUCUCCCACUACAAGUUCCACCCGGAAUGCUUCUCAUGCUCUGGUUGUAAAGCUGUGAUCGAGGAGGGCGAGUCGUUUAGUUUAGUGGACAGUACAGCACUUUUCUGUGGUCCGUGCCAAAAGCUGCUUCUUCUGCAGCCACGUUUUGAGGGCCUUUGCAAUGAAUCGGCUCAGGAACAGCAGCCCCACAUGCUCACCCUUCUACGUCUGCCUCCUAACGCAACUGGCGAUAGAGGCUUCUCUGUAUCAGUGGAGGACAUGCAGGUCACCGAAGUAACAUUUGAGGCACGGAACUUGGUGUACCCUGGGGAUCGCAUCUUGGAAAUUAAUGGCUCUCCUGCCAUUUCAUUACCGCCUAAAGAGGCUGAUGAACUGCUUUCCUGCUCAGACCGGACCCUGCAGCUUCUGGUAGAGCACAACCCUCCACUGGUGUCCCCAGUGACUAGCGCUCCCCCUAAAUCUCCUUCUCUUCACUCUCGGGAUGCAAGGGGCCUCAACGAAAACGCCAAGCGGUGCUCCAUCCGACGCAGCAACAGUAACACCCGUUCUCCAGGGCCGUGUUCCCCGAAAGACCCUCGCUCUGUGUACCGAUCGGAAUCCCUGCGCUGCACAGGGGCAACUCAGCAGAUCUUCCGGCCAUGUGAAUUGCUACAUGGUGAAGAACUAGGGAAAGGAUUUUUUGGAAGAGCCAUUAAGGUCACACACAGAGCCACUGGGAAAGUGAUGGUUAUAAAGGAGCUUAUACAGUUUGAUGAACAAACUCAGAAAACUUUCUUGACAGAGGUAAAGGUCAUGCGUUCUCUGGAUCAUCCCAAUGUGCUGCGUUUUAUUGGAGUUCUGUAUAAGGAUCGGAGAUUAAAUCUGCUAACCGAAUACAUUGAAUGUGGAACCUUGAAGGACUUCCUUAGAGCGGAAACAUGCCCUUGGCAACAAAAGGUGUCAUUUUCUAAGGACAUUGCAUGUGGAAUGGCGUAUCUUCACUCCAUGAGCAUAAUACAUAGAGAUCUCAACUCUCACAACUGUCUCAUCAAACUGGAUGGAACCGUAGUGGUUGCUGACUUUGGACUGUCCAGGCUCAUUUUAGAAGAAAAACCCAAACCCCCUCCGGAUCGACCUCCCACAAAAAAGAGAACUCUUCGUAAACCAGACCGCAAGAAGCGUUACACAGUGGUGGGCAACCCAUACUGGAUGGCGCCAGAAAUGUUGAAUGGUAAAAUCUAUGAUGAGAAAGUGGAUGUAUUUUCAUUUGGAAUUGUGCUGUGUGAGAUUAUUGGACAGGUGUAUGCAGAUCCGGAUUGCCUGCCACGUACCAUUGAUUAUGGCCUCAAUGUUCGUCUUUUCUGGGAAAAGUUUGUUACAAACGACUGUCCUGCAGGAUUUUUCCCCCUUGCGACAUCCUGCUGUCAGCUGGAGCCUGACCAAAGGCCAGAUUUCCCUUCUUUACAUGAUACCCUUUCAGCCCUGUCUCUGUUUCUUGGAGACCUGGCCAUUCCACUACCUUCUGAACUAAUGAUGGAGUCUAAACUGAGAUUGCAAUAUGGGCUGAAACAUGAAUCUCUCCACAAGAUGAUGCAGAUCACAUUCCUGAGCAGAGAUGAGGAGAGCUGAAGCACCUUCCAGUUUCAUCUCUACAAAAGCAUUCCACUGAUCAUAAAGGAAACCGUUAUAUAUGUUGGCUGGCGGUAGAAGAUUCCGCUCUAAUCUGCACCAUUUUCAGUAUAGGUCAAGAGUUUGUGUAGAAAGCUAUGAACUUGUCUUUUAGGGAAAAAAAUGACUUUGUAACCUAAAAGUGCACACAUUUCUCAGUCUUGGUAGACCCUAUUAGAUAAAGAUACCUCAGGGGUUUCUAUGCUACAAAUAUGUAUAUUUUAGAACCACAGCAGGUCAUAGAAGUGUUUAAAAGGUUUUCUAGCAUGGGUGCUCAACCGUGGCCUCCAGCUGUUUAGGAACUACAAGUCCCAUGGUGCAUUGCAAGGCUGACAGUUGCAUGCAUGGCUUUCAAAGACUAAAGCAUGAUGGGACUUGUAGUUCCAAAACAGAUGGAGGGCCACAGGCUGAGCACCCAUGUUUUAUAGUGUCCAUACUGCUCAUAGCUUUCCAUGCUAUGGACCUCCCUUUUCAGCUACAUACUAGAUCAAAACUUGAAUAAGGUCUACCACACGGAAAAGUUCCAGGAGGCAGACGCCUGUCGCAUAUUUAUUCCGGUAAUAUUUCAUUCCAUUUCUUGAGACAUAAUGUGAUUUAGUAACCACUUUUAUCUUAGCACUUGUACUCCAUUAUGGAGAGACUGCUGUAUUUUUUCACAUGAAAACUGGAAUUUCACAUUUCUAAUUGUAAUUCUAUUUUGUAAGCAUUUGGACUGCACUUUUCUACUUGUGUAUAAACUGUGUGUAUGGUGUAUUUUAUGACACCACGGGAAUUUUGCCUGAAUCAUGACUUUUUGCUACCGUUUUAUUUAGAUGUUUUUGGGCAGCUGGACAUGAAGUGCGUUUAUCUAGGCUGUCAGAUUUAUGCAAUGAGAUAUUUGUAGUGAGGUUAUAUGCUACUCUUUUGUUGUAAGAUAUAGUACAGGUUUAUAUGGUAUUUACAAAUUGUACAUUUUUCUUUUAUGACAAGUGGUAAUCUAUGUUUCAAACUGGGCUUUGACUGCGGGAGAUAUGGAUUGAUUUCUGAUCAUUGACCAAAAACAUAUAGCCUUCGAAUUGGCUAUACCCUGUCAUGUCUUGAAGGGCUUUCAUAAAAAAUGUUUACAAAUUCAGUGUCUGUAGAGUUGUUUAAUACUAUGAGUAUUAUAGUCUAUAACCCAAGAAACAAACAUGUAAUACGUAGCAGCAUACCUGUGCAUUGAUGUGAUGUCUGCAUUCAUUUUUGAGGCUAAAACCCUUUUUAAUCAGCAAGUAUAGCACUAACCCAUUGAUUUUGCCAAAAUGCAGUGUCCUGUGAUCUGAGCAGAAAGCACAAAGGACCUUUUUUUUUUCCCCCCAUCAACCAUGUUAUGGAGAUAAGCCUGAAUGUUUUAAGUUCAGCUUGUGUCACAGCCGUGACUUGCCCUCAUAGAUACAGGGAAGAAAUUAGGGUAGCAAUUAAAAGACAAGAAGUGUUAUUAACAAAGUUACCAGUUAAGAAAUAAUUUUAAAAGCCUGAAAAAUAAAUAAAAAAUUACCUACUCUAAAGACUGGUAAAUGUGCAAUACAUUACGUUUUUGGGUUUCAGAUUUUUUUUUUUACUGCUGUCUGUGACUUUUGGGGGACUGCCCUUCCUGUUUGUCACUGAAUGUAAUGAGGCUUAAAAGUUUUUGUCCCUCAGGUGCUGGUAGCAAUAGAACAAUAAAAUGUAUCUGGUUUGCCACAGGUCACUGCGAUGUGCAAUUUUUAAUUUUUUUUUACAUUGCUGAUCACCCGCCACUCACUCCACUGGAUUCACAUAAGACAUGAUUUAAUCAUCAGGCACUGCCCGAUAAUUCUUUAUUUAUAGAAAUGCAACAUUCAUGUACAAAAAAAGGCAAAUAAACAAACAAUUUUCUUACAA